AUACUUUCCAUCAUUGACCUGGAAAUGGAAUAUUACUUCUUCUUUACUCGAGCACACCAAUUAGUUACGUGAACGUCUUGGGUCUGUCACCAAUUAGAUACUUUAUAUCUCUCUUCAAGAAAGAAAUAUGGUGAUGAUGAAAGUAAAAUAUUUAGUGGUUGAGACUUUGGAAGGCCUGUAUCGAUUUGUACAUUUGAGGGUCAAAAGUUGCUGGUGAGCUACUUUCAGCAAACCACGCCAACCAUCCCACAAGCUUAAGAGUAGAACUUGCCAUUUCAAGCUUCGGAUGUUUCAAGAGUGGCUGCUAAUUGAUAUGGUAUCAAAAGAAGAGAAGGAAGCUGACGAGAUAAUAACUGCCGUCUACAGAGUUAACCUGCAUUGCGAGCAAUGUGCACGGGAUAUCAAGAAUCCUCUUAUGAGGACCCGGGGUGUACACAACGUCGACUUUGAUAUUGACAAGUCUGAAAUCAAGGUUGAAGGCGUGAUUGAUGUAAUAAAAGUUCAUAAACAAAUAGAGAAAUUUAGCCAAAGAAAGGUUGAGCUGGUCACACAAGUUAAGAUCAAGGAUGAAACAAAAGAAGUCCAGGAAGCCAAACAAGCAAUUUUACGCACGACAUCAUUAAAGGUUAACAUGCAUUGCGCCAAAUGCGAGAGUGACCUCCAUGAGUGGUUGCUGAAACACAAAGGUAUUUUUAACGUCAAAACGGACAUCAAAACACAAAAUCUAACAGUUGAGGGAACGAUAGAGUCCGAUAAACUUCUGGCUUACAUACGAAAGAAGGUGCACAGAAAUGCAGAGAUCAUAGUCCCAAAACCUGAGAAAAAGGAAGAAAUAAAAGAAAAGGAAGAAAUAAAAGAAAAGACAAAAGUUGAAGUUAAAUCCAAGGAGUCGACUGAAAUUAUAGAAUUCAAGGCAGAGAAAAAGGUGGAGGCGAUCACAAAAGAAGGCAAUGCGCCUUAUUUCGUUCACUACGUCUAUGCGCCUCAGCUAUUUAGUGAUGAAAAUCCAAAUGCUUGCAUCAUAAUGUAGAAUAAAAAAUGUAUUGUAAAUUUAUAUUUGUCUUAUCAUUUAUGGGAUACAAUAAUUUUAAAUUACUAAGGUAGAACAAUUAUUAACUAA